AUGCGUUCAUCUGACACCCUUUUCCUUUUGCUUAUAAUACUAUUUAUUGAAUGGAUUAAAUGCUACUCUCCUGCUGGACGACGGGAGUUGGCAUCGGUAUUAGUAUCAAAUAAGCUAUAUUUUUACGGUGAUGGAAUAGGAAUGCUAGUGUCAAAGGCCGCUUAUAGUGCGAUUGUUUAUGAAAAUGAUAUUAUUAUUUUUGGUGGGGGUGCAACUCUAAAUUCACCAGGAAUAAUUAAUGAUCUUGUCACUGUGGUUGACUCCAUCAAUGCAAAGAUGUAUAUUUGGAGUGGUGAGGAUAACAAU